AUGGAAUCUACAUUCGUCGACCAGCUGUACAAAUCUCAUAAAACUUCUGCUGCUUCGAGCCAGCUUAAGGUUCUUCGCGAUGGCCGUUGGUCUACAAUCGACUUGAAAAGAGAUAAAUCUGUUCAAGAAGUGUCGAAAGUUCCAUCAAGAAACCCCUGGAUUAAACAUUAUCGGGGUUCGGAUUUACAGCCAAUCAGAAAAUUUCAAUCUUCGAGUGCAAAAUCUCCUUUAGCAAAUACUCAGAAUCGAACGCGUAACUUUCAGUUAUGGCGCCAAGAUUCUAUAGGCAGCAGCACUACAGAAACGACAGAUCAAAACUUCAAUGAAGAAGGGAAUUCCGAUGUGAAAAGAACGAAAACAACUACCGAUGUAGUUUCGAGCAACGAUCAAGUUGUCCCUUCUAACGAUACUGUUCGAGUUCAAGUUCGAGUUCGAGUUGAUGAUGUCAUUGAAAAGUGA